AUGCAAUAUGAAAUUUGUUUCUCUCUCUCUCUCUCUCUCUCUCUCUCUCUCUCUCUCUCUCUCUCUCUCAUAAAAUUACAAUGUCAUUUCUUCGUUUCAUCAAAAUCUCUCUCUCUCUCUCUCUCUCUCUCUCUCUUUCAUCAAUAUUAUUUUUUCUCAUUUAUUUUCUUCAUUUCAUCAAAAUCUCUCUCACUCUCUAUUUAUUUCUUUCAUCAAAAUCACCCUCUUUCUCUUCCUAAUUUCUGUUCAUCAAAAUCACCCCUCUUUCUCUGUAUCAUUAUUUUCAUCAAUAUUAUUAUCAUUUUCAAUUAUUCUCUUCGUUUCAUUAAAAUUUCACUCUCUCUCUCUCUCACUCUCUCUCUCUCUCUCGCUAUUUAUUCCUUUCAUCGAAAUCACCCUCUUUCACUUGUUCUCUGCGUUUCAUCAAAAUUUAUCUCCCUCUCUCUCUCUCUCUCUCUUACCUCUCUCGUUCCGUUUCUUUUUUUUUCUUUAUACCAAAAUCAUUAUCUUUCUUGCCUCAUUUCGUUUUCUAAAUUCCUUUUAUUUUCGUUUUUAUUUUCCUUAAUUGUUGGUUCUUUUUUCUUUUCCGUCUUCAAAUAUGAUUUUUUUUUUCUUUAUUUUUCUAUUAUUCUUUUUCCCCUUGAUUUUUUUUAUUCGUUCACUUGUCUACUUUGCUUUUUCUUUCUUUUCUCUUUUUCCGUACUUUUCGUUAUUUUCCUCCCUAUUAUUUCUCCUACUUUUAUCUUUUCAUAUCUCUUUCUUUUUCCUUCUCUUUAUGUCUUCUUUUUCUUCUCAUCCUUUAUUUCUACUUUCUCUCUUUCUUUAUUCUGUUUUUCCUCUAUUCCUUAUUCUUUUUCUUUCAGUUUUCCUUCCCACUUUUUCCCUUCUUUUUCCUUCGUCUUUCAUUUGCUUUAA